GGCAUAUCUAACCUCGUCUGCAUAAGAUUACAUGCGUGUUUCACUUAGUCUUGUAUGUUCUGAUUAAAACAGAAUUAUGGGGAAAGCAAAGAAAAUUAAAGUAUCUGCAGGAGAGAAAAGAAAAACGAAAGUAGGUUUAGCGGAUCAAAUAGAAGCGGAAAAGUCUGUUACAGCGAAAAAUAGACAAAAGAUUAGACAUCGCAAUGACGACGACGAAGAGUAUGUCGAUCCUACACUUACGAAAAAGAUAUUACUCCAAGCAAGACGACAACAAAUGGAAAUGGAAGAAGAGAAUGAAGAAGGUCGUGUUUCAAGUUCUGUAAAAAAGCCAUUGACGAAACUUGGAAUUGAAUUUAGUGAUAAUGAAGAUGAGUCCAGUGAAGAUGAUUUACAAGGGGCAGAUUAUUAUGAAAACAUAGAGAUUAGUGAAGAAGACGAACGUGCAUUAGAAAAGUUUAUGACUAAAGAUCCUGUACCGAUGAGAACAUUAGCUGAUAUUAUAAUGGAAAAAUUAACGGAGAAAAAAACAGAGAUAGAAACGCAAUUUUCCGAUGCAGGUACCAUGCAAAUGCAGGAAUUAGAUCCAAGAGUUAAAGUAAUGUAUCAGGGAGUUAGAGACGUAUUAUCUAAAUAUCGUAGCGGCAAAUUGCCAAAGGCUUUUAAAAUUAUUCCGAGUUUAAGAAAUUGGGAACAGAUUCUUUAUAUCACAGAACCAACAAAAUGGUCUGCUGCGGCUAUGUACCAAGCUACAAGAAUAUUUGCCUCUAAUCUUAAAGACAAAAUGGCCCAAAGAUUUUAUAAUCUUGUUCUAUUACCACGUAUUAGAGAUGAUCUGGCAGAAUAUAAAAGACUCAAUUUUCAUUUAUAUCAAGCAUUAAGAAAAGCUUUGUUUAAGCCUGCUGGCUUUAUGAAAGGAAUUUUACUUCCUCUUUUAGAAUCCGGUACAUGUACGCUUAGAGAAGCUGUUAUUAUCGGUUCGGUAAUAGGAAAAAAUUCUAUUCCAAUUUUACAUUCGUCUGCAGCUAUAUUAAAAAUUGCAGAAAUGGACUAUACUGGUGCAAAUAGUAUAUUUCUGAGAAUAUUUUUAGACAAAAAAUAUGCACUUCCAUACAGGGUAAUAGAUGGUGUUGUCUUUCACUUUUUAAGAUUUGAAAGGGAUACAAGAGAAUUGCCAGUACUAUGGCAUCAAGCUUUCUUAACCUUUGUACAACGUUACAAAAGUGAUAUAAGUUCAGAACAAAAAGAAGCUUUGUUGAAAUUAUUAAAGAAACAGUCACAUCAUGUUAUUACACAUGAAAUACGAAGAGAAUUACAAAAUGCAAAAUGUAGAGAUAUAGAAAUGACUGAGCCUACAAUAGAACCUGUGAAUGAGCCUCAAGCAGAACCCAUGUCAUGUCAGGAUUAACUUAGCUAUAUCAGUAAUUAAAUAUAAUAAAAAAAAAAAAAUAUGUAUAAAAAUAUUUUUAUAUAAUGAAGUUUAUAAAUAAUAUUACUUUUAUUAUUA